AUGUCUCUCGCGUCACCCACCAAGUCAUCAAUCUGGAAGGGCAAAGAAAAGGCCAUGGACGAGGACUACGCGGAUUUGCGGCCUGUCAUCACCUACAGACAUCUUCACUCGCACAACCUCGGCGUACGCGAUCCACUCCGCGUGGUCGGCCUCUGCGACAGCGACGCGUUCUACGCCGCAUGCGAACGCGUACGGCUCAACUUGAGCGAAGACGCGCCGUUGGUCGUCCAACAGUGGGAGUCCCUCAUUGCCGUCAGCUAUCCCGCGCGCAAGUAUGGCAUAUCCCGCAUGGACAAGAUCAAGGACGCCAAAAAGAAGUGUCCUGACCUCGUCUCCGUCCACGUCGCGACAUACAAGGAGGGAGAGAAGGAGCCGGGUUAUUGGGAUGAUAUAGAUACGCGAACACACAAGGUCUCGCUUGAUCUGUACCGACGAGAAAGCGCUAAGAUUAUGAAUGUAUUUAAAGAGAUGCUACCUAAUGGCGAGAUUGAGAAAGCAUCGAUAGAUGAGGCGUUCAUCGACUUGACUCAGCCUGUUCGAGACACUAUUCUUGAAAGAUACCCAUACCUCGCGAAUAUACCCCCAAAUGCACCGCAGGGAGCCGACACGCCACUGCCAUCUCCCCCACUCGAACUCGACUGGGCUGACAAAGUGCACCUGAUCCCCAUAUUGCCAAGCGACGAUGGCGACGAUUCGCCCAAGGACGAGAGCGAGUUUCCGCCGACCUGGCAUGACGUAGCAUUAUGUAUAGCAGCAGAGUUUAUGACGAAGAUGCGCAAGCAGGUGCUUGAUACCCUCGGAUACUCGACGUCGGCGGGACUGGCGAGGAAUAAGGCGCUUGCUAAGCUUAGCGCCUCCGUACGGAAACCGAACGGCCAGAGCAUUCUGCGCAAUGACGCAAUACCGAAUUACCUUCGACCGAUGGCAUUCCAGAAAAUACGGUUCCUUGGCGGUAAGCUAGGCAAAGCUUUUGCCGACGAGUAUGAUGUGUCCUCGGUUGGUGAUAUUCUUACGGUCUCUCUCGAUGAGAUGCAGAGCAAGUUUGGCGAAGAGUCGUUGUGGGUGUAUGAACUUGUCCGUGGUAUUGACCGAUCAGAAGUCAAAGAGAAAACGGCAUAUUUCAAGAGCAUGCUGGCGUCCAAGAAUCUCCCCAAGCCAAUAACCAAGUCCAGCGAGGGUCCACAGUGGAUCCGGGUGCUGGCAGCAGAGCUAACACUGCGGCUGAACGAAGCGCGAGAGACGAUGCCAUCGCUAUGGCCAAAGACGAUAGCGCUUCAUCUUCGCAAAGGCUAUGAAGCGUCGCGGUCGAAGCAGGCGCCUUUCCCUUUUGUGAAGGAAGUGACGGUUGAUAUUGUUGCAAGCGCGGGAAAUAAGUUAUGGAAGGAGAUGACGGGGAAUGCCAAGGAUGUGAAUGUUGGCGCGUUGCAGCUGUCGUUUUCCAACUUGGGAAGAGGAGAAGUGGGGCAGAAGAACAUCGACGGCUUCUUUCAGCAGUCGACGAAGCGAUCCCGGGAAGAUGCCGAGGAUGAUCAGCCAUCCGAUACCAUACAGGGUCGUGCUUCUAGCUCAUCCCCUCAGUCGCCGUCGUCAUUUGUGUGCAGUCGCUGUAAAAAGCGGAUCGAACUUCCGAUUCAUGUCGUGGAGAUCAGGGGCCAUGAUGCGGAGGGUUUAGCGGAGACAGUAGCCGCUCUCCGUGCAGAGCAUGACGAUUUUCAUUUCGCACAGGAUUUGGCCAACGCUCCCGAGACAGACCAGACAGGUCCCGCCCCAAAGCCGUCAAAGCCGUCGUCAACUGGUCGGGACACCAAGAGGCGGAAGAAGGCAGGGGAGCCUUCCAAAGGCAUAGCGCGGUACUUUAACAAGGCAGGAUGA